UCCAAUUACACCGUCAACGAUUGGGUGCCACUUUUGAUUUUAACAAGAAAUCCUGAUGCUUCGGGAAAUAACGUUAUAGAUGAAGUCGACCUCAUAAUUGACAUUAAUAGAAUUGUGAUGAAAGACACGGGUAUGACUGAUGAAUAUUCCUUGAAACCGCCCUUAAGAGAUAUUGUCGCAUAUCAGUGA